AUGGAUCACGAGGGGGAGAGGCCCCCGGGGGGAGAAGCAGCUGCUUCCCCGGACAAGGAUAAGUGUAAACAGAAACACACUAAUGAUGAGCCCGCUGCGCAGGACUCGAAUGAACCCAGUAAGAGGACUACUAGGAAAGCCAAGAGGAACACAACCAUUUCGGCGUACUCGCCGGCGCACAUAUCGGAGCCAGUGUACCAGUGGGAGGUUUCCAGCAACGACCGCGUCUUCUACGACAAGAUGAACGACCUGAUCAUCCACCAGAACGUAGCUGCGAAGGCGCUGCUCGUAACGGACAUAAAAAAAAUGAAGGAGAACUACCAAGCUGUGUAUGUGAAGUUCGACUCAGAAAUGUGUGAACACAUAACCUUCGCUUCAAACAAAACGUUCUUCCUGUACUACUCGAUCAACCCCAACCAGAUCCACAUCGCGGAUAUUCUAAACAGCCAUAACAUAUAUUUGAGUGUGUGCAUAAAUAAUUUGAGCGAGUGUAAAAUUUUGGCUGCCUUUUGGCUAUCCGGGGAAUCCCCUAGCAGUGGUGGUGUGCCCUGUUCCACAUCUGGUGCGUCGUCUGCCUCUUCGGCCGACUUUGCCGUAGUGACCAAUAACGGAGUAGAAAUUUUCCACUUGUCAUGUGACAAUUUAACCAUUACUCCGUUGAAGAAACACGUGAUGAAAAGUGAACAGUGUUGGUAUGACGAAAGCAGCUCCUACAUCGCCCUCCACUCCAGUACACACAAAACACAUGUCAUCUUCCCCUACCUACUAAACAAUUGCAAUGCGAUCAAGUUACAAAAAAUUGAGUUGAAUAUACCCAAGACAGAACCCAUUAAUAAAAACGAUAUAGACAUUAUAACCUUGUACGAUGAAACAUAUUGUAUUCAUAAGGAUUAUAAAAAUGGAAGGAUCUCCUUCAGGUGUUUAUCCUCCUCUUUAUCCUACGACUAUGUACUCGACCUAUUUUGCCACGGCAUACUAGACACCUUUUGUGUGGAUAAUAUAUUUGGUGUGUUUAAUUAUUCGAAUGAAAAGGUGUACCUAUUUGAUAUACAGUAUGCGAGGAGACAAAAGAAGAGUAGCCUAAUGAAUUCCUUAUCGGAUCACAUAAGGAGCAACCACACCAUUAACAUUGCUUACUUGACAUCGCCGAAGCAAUUUAGGACUCAACUUGUGCUGAGCCAUAUUUCCUUUCACCCCUUUAAUGUGCUAAUAGAUAUUCAGUACGGAAAUGUGUACAAGAUUCGCGUGGACUAUGACGUGUUCAUGCUGCAGAUUUGCCAGCACUUCGCCAACCUGAACACCUCCGUGGACGUGCUGCUGCGAAGACCCAACUGCAAAAAAAGGAUUACAGAAAUGUUUUUCCUGUCCCUGGAGAACGACAUUCAGAUGGAAGACUUCCUCACCAUGGUAAACAUAAUAAACCUGAACUACCGCAAGCUGAUUGAACAGUCUGCAAAGAAAAAAAGUCCUCCUCCUGCCCCUCCUUCUGUAAGAGGAACCAACCAUAAAAUUAUUCAACCCGUGGAUGAAAUAAUUAAAAAUUUGGGUAAAAAAACUCUCAUCACCGAGAGGGAUAUCGUCACAGAUGUGUUUCACUCCUUCAUGAUUAAAAAGUAUGGCCUCGACAAAAAGGAGACUCUGUUCAACUUCUCCCUGAACUUUCGCCAAAUGGAGAAGGUCAAGCGGGACAGGAAGAGGGGAAGCGGGGGAAGAGAUGAACAAUGUGAUGAUAGGUACAUGCUAAAGUAUAGGAUAAGGAGGAACAGGACGACUUCUACCCCGGUGGGGGGUGAUGCAGAUGUGCCUUCGCCCACCACAGACGGGGUACCCCCCACAAGAACAGAGACAAAGAGUACCACACCCGAUGCGAUAAACGAAAGCGUCAUUCCCUCAGAGGAGUACAGACUCAAGCUGAGCUACGCCGAACUGCAUAGCUUCCCCACGUUCCUCCUCUACGUGCUGGAGUACAUGAAGUCCCUCCUCAUGUUGAACAUCAUCCCUAACAGGAUCCUCCAAACCUUCCUGUUCGACAUAUGUAUCUUUUACGAGCAAGACAAUUGCCUGCGGCAGUUGUUACAGUUUUACGUCAUAGCUGACUCGGUGGAAGUCACCAAGCGAUUGUUUCAUUAUUGGAAGUUGACUCACCACACAUGGGCCUAUCAGCUCUGUUUGGACAUGUCCCUAAGACUACGCGAAUAUGAAAUGGUCCUUCACCUUUUCCUUUCAGCAAACAAAUACAUAAAAAUAAUUCACUUCAUAAGGACUCACAAUCUUAUUGAUUAUCCCAUUGCAGUGAUUUUGCAAGCUAUAGAAAAUGACUUUGACUCGCCGGAUAAGUACAUUAUAUUUAAUCACGUCCUUUCUUCCCUUAGCCGCUGGAUUGAGUACGUCGCAUCAGGGGAACACGACUCCAACGUUGAAUUGUUUGCUGAGCUUUUCCUGCCGAGCGUCCCCUGUUUGAGCUCAUAUGUGUGGUGA